GUCCAUCCAGAUUCUCAAGUGUCUGAUCCAUUCUAACGCGAGGAGAGAGAGAGAGAGAAGGGGAGAAGGGUAAAGGACAAGGGACAACACGGAAGAAGCUGGGAACACCGGGAAAAGUUUACCUUUUAAAGAGGAAUUUGGACGAUUGGGGAUCUGUGGACAGGGGAAUCCCGUAAGGGGACGUCAAGAUCGGCAGGAGCAUCAGACAUGAAUCCGAGGUAUUUGUCUGAAGUCGAUGCUGGAUGCCAUGGAAGUCCCAAGUCAUGCUAGGCACCUCCUCUUGCAGUUGAACACACAACGAACCAAAGGCUUCUUGUGUGAUGUUAUCAUUGUGGUGCAGAACGCACUGUUCCGUGCUCACAAGAACAUCCUGGCAGCCAGUAGCCUCUACCUUAAAUCUCUUGUCGUUCAUGACAACCUCAUCAAUCUGGACCAUGAGAUGGUCAGUCCAGGUGUGUUUCGAGUCAUUCUUGACUAUAUCUACACAGGACGCUUAAGUGAAGGUGACCCCACCUCUCCAACUGAGCCAAAUAUAGGAGCAGUGCUGGCGGCAGCAAGUUAUCUGCAGCUGCUGGAUCUGGUGACUCUAUGCAAGAAGAAGCUGAAAAGAAAUGGGAAGUACCAUUUACGUCCCAAUCCUGGGUUUUUACCUUACAAGAUAGGCUCCAGUGGCAUGGGGGGAGGACGGUUUCGAAUAUCUACCCCUGUCAUUCACUCCUGCCACCCUGGAGGACUAGUUAGCACCCCUCGACCUACACCAUUAGAGGACCUGCCCCCCCUCCCACUUGCCCCCCACGUCGGCGAAAUUUAUGCACCAGUCCCCACCCAGGGUCUACCGCCUUACCCCCCAGCAAAGGCAUCCCUGUCGCCCCAGUCAGGCCUGCGCAUGCCCCAUACUGACAGGAACUGCUCAUCUGUCUAUGGCCUUGACCUGACCAAGAAAAGCCCAAGUUCCCAGUCCCAGCUUCCCUCUGGUCACCCCCAUUUGAUCUCCUCACUCCACCCAGAAGAGGAGCCCGAGGGGGAGCUAGAUCAAAGCACUAGCCCCCUGCUCAGUCCCAACGAUGGCUCCAGAAAAAUGGAGACAUCCCAUCAUGUGGGGUCUCUCACCCCACACCCCUUCCCUCUACCCAACCAUCCUCUUGCACCCCAUCUUCCCCAUCUGCACCGUCCUCAGGGCCAAGAACCUUACCCCUGCGCUCCUAGCCCAGAACCCAUGGAGGACUCCAGAGAACAUGUCAGAGAUGGGUCCAACAUCUAUCGGUGGGUGAAGAAUGAGCCUUCCAACCCAGAGGAUGAAGAUGAGGAAGACGAAGAGGAUGAGAGUGGAGGAAUGGGUGAGCAGGAUAAAGAGAGACACCAGCACAUGAAUCACCAUAAGAUCAGCGAGGAAAAGCUGAACAUGAAUGAGCGGGGCUAUGACAGAGGGACCUGUGAUGAUGGAGAGGAUGAGAAUGGGACCGGCAGCGAAGAGACAGGGAGCAGCGAGGGUCGUCCGUCUCCCCCUGUUCUGGGUGGAAGAUAUCACAUGCCGUACGAGCCAGAGAGUUUCGGAGAUAACUUGUACGUGUGCAUCCCCUGCGACAAAGGCUUCCCCAGCUCAGAGCAGCUCAAUGCCCAUGUGGAAACCCAUACUGAGGAGGAGCUAAACAACGGGAGCGAGCUGGACAACAGCAGCAGCAAACCCACCAAUGCCCAUGGACCUACAAGCUUGAAUAGCUCUAGUGGCCUCCACAGCCCUUUCCUAGAUAGCAAAUCGGCACAAAAUCUCCAUUCCAUUGGUCUCGGGGAGAUCAUACGACCCUAUCGCUGUUCGUCCUGUGACAAGUCUUAUAAAGAUCCUGCCACCCUAAGGCAACAUGAGAAAACCCACUGGCUGACACGCCCAUACCCCUGUAGCAUCUGUGGCAAGAAGUUCACCCAACGUGGUACUAUGACACGCCACAUGCGCAGCCAUUUGGGCCUAAAACCCUUCGCCUGUGACGCCUGCGGCAUGCGCUUUACUCGCCAGUACCGUCUGACGGAACACAUGCGCAUCCACUCCGGAGAGAAACCCUACGAGUGCCAGGUGUGCGGGGGCAAGUUUGCUCAGCAGCGCAACCUUAUCAGUCACAUGAAGAUGCACAGCAGCGGAACAGCUGGCGGAGGACUAACUCCUGACGGCAAGCUGAAGAUAGACUUCUCCGAGGGGAUUUAUCCCCUGAGCAAGUACACAGCUGAGCAUCUGGGCCUGAAGCAGGAGAAAACCUCAGACCUUCUCACAGCCUCUCAGCACCUGCUGGCUGAUGCCAAAGCCAUGGAGAGCCUCUACCCGCUGUCAAAGCUGGCUGUAGAACACCUCGGCCUCACCCACAAGAUAGACGUCCUGAACCAGCCACUGCCACCCACUUCUCAGCAGCUCUCGGCAGAGUCCCGCACCAUUGACCGCUACUCUCCUAGCUAGAGGGGGGAACCACUAACUUUACUUUCCAAAGAUACAUCACUGUAUGCCAUUCACAGUAUUCAACUUUCACCUCAUCUUCAUUUGAACCUGCACCUCAAAGAGUGGAGACCAGAAAGUGUUGGCCAUAAAAAUGCACACAAACUCUUUUAUUCUGAAUGUGCCUUUCUUUGCAGAUUUUGCAGUACGUGCAUUUCUUAAAAUGACUUUCCUACAAGGAGGAAACUGCUUUAUUUAUAAUCUGUUUUGACUGUUGGACACUCAGACAAUGCAGUAUUUAUAUAAAAACAACUUAUUUUUUGUUCAAUCACCGAGCCAAACAACCAAUUGAAAACCAAAAAGAGAUUGUUUUUAUUUAUUUUUAUUUUUCUGUUCAUUUUCUUUUUUUUAUUUUGUAUGUUGGAAAAGCCAAAGAGAAAAUGUCAAAUGUUACAGAAGAGAGUUGCAAUCGUACCCUAAACCUGUGUAUUAAGUAUUAUUGGUGUAUAUAGAAUGAAAAAGCACAUAUGAACAAUAUUCAGGGCUUCUGUCCAGAAUGGAGCAGCAAAUCUGGACGAAAAAGAAAAAAAGCCAAAUCUUUGGGAUUUUAUAGUAAUUGGAGGACUUUUUAUAGACUAUUUUUCGGAGUACUGGAUCACCUGUAUCUGAUUUUCCAGCUUUGUGAAUGGCCAAGUUUUUUCCAUACUAAAGGGAGCAACUAACUGAAGAGAGUGUUUGUUCCAGGACUUAGGUAAAGUGAUCUAAGCUUUUCUCUGCAUUGAUGUAGUUAUCCCCUUCAGCAUGGAAUGAGAGUUCACAGAGAGUACCAUUUACAUUUUUUUCACCACCUUCAGGUGUAUGGUCUCGAGCUAUUUAAUGUCUUUGUUCCCUUUCCUUUCCUCCAACGCCAAGUGCCUUCAGCUUAUUGAAAAUGUAGCAAGUACUGCCUUGUGAUCUCACAACUGGAAUAUCUUUGUGCAUAUUCCGAUCAUGAUAUAACAAUUCAUGUCCACGUAUUUUGGUUCAUCUGGUGCGACAGACUAAGCAUGGGUGGUGCCUUUGAAAAUGCAGUAAUAUUUACAGCAUCCAUAUGCUUCAGUUGCAUCGCAGUCGACCCCUUUGAAUGACUCUCUGCAUGACUAGUUGUAUAACAGUACCAGCCAAGGCACUUUUGUGUAUAUAAACCAAACAGUGACGUUUUGCAAGUGAUUGAUUCAGCAAUACCUUCAGGACCUUUCCUCAUGUGAAAUGUUUGAGAGGGCCUCCUCACCCCUAUUACGGUGCAGUUAAUUUCAGGCUAAUGUGACGGCUUUAACCCCAUGGUGCCUCACGCACACACGUAGAGCCGCUAAUGUGACAACCAUCUGAACAUGAGGAGCAGGGGCUCUCUCUCACUGAUACUGUGAGCGCAGAUAGCAGCAGCUGGUCCACUCAGGGUAAGCCCUGUGAAAUCUCAGAUUUUCGAAGACUAUCCACGCUUGUCUGUCCCCACUGAUGUUAGAUUUUAUGCCAGUUGACCAGGCCCUGUGAUUUAAACGUACACCCUAAUCCUCCAGCUACCGUUCUAAUGUACCAUAUAAGCUGCACUUACAACAAUCAAUCCUCCUUAUUUCAAGUAACAUAAAACACAGUAGGCUGUUAGGCCGCUGCUUCCUUUUUUGUAGUCUUACAGCUCAUCUGCUUUGCCUCUAAAUAAAUCAUUUUACAGUAAAUGUAAAUGUUCUGAUGAGAUACGGCACCCGCUGUUUUUAUUCCAAAGACCAAGCUGAUAUUUUGUCUUUUCCUCUCACAGAAAUUUUUGUUAACCACUAGUUGCAAUUACAACCUCAGCUGGUGAAUGUGAAAACUUAAACCACAAAUGCACUGUGAAAGAACUAGUGAAUCUUAAAGCUUUAGAGCUUAGUGAAUAUUGAACAUGUAAUUUGGGGCAAAUUACCUGGGCUUUAGUCUGUAGCAUGUCAGCUAAUCAAAGUGUUUGUUUUUGUUUUUUUUUUGGUCAGAUUGAACUCUCUUAAUCAAAGCAAAAAGACAUUGGUGCUUACCUCAGGACUGAGCCUAUCAUGGGUUACACAACGCUUUAGCAAUAGUUUAAUACAAAAACACACACGUAAUUGCUCUCUGUGUAUUGUACAUUAAAAUUCAAGCACACUUUCUGAAGGGAUUUUAUUGUUUUUAAACCUGUGGUUAUUUCACAAUGCUAAAAAUGUCUUUUUUUUCCCCCUGAAAUGAUUAUUUGAUUUGUUUGUGAAUAUAGCCUAUGCAACUGUCUCCUAUUUUUACAAUACAGAAAAUACUG